CAAUUAAUAAAUACUUCUAAGAAAUCAAUAAACCGCUCGAUUCGUAUUCGCGUACAAUAAGACGUAGUGAAUGGUGAAAGACGGGCAAUCUCGCGUCUCCUUCCCGUAUAUUUGUGCAAGUCGCUGGUAGUGUGUUUACCUCCGGUUGUUCACACGACAAGAUCAAACACACAGCCACCGUGGACAGAAGGUGACAGCGAAAAACAACGUCGGGCAAACGUUAUCACACACAAGCCGGCGACAAUCGAGCGACUUACCGUACUAUUGUCAAUAAUAAUGACCCUAUGUGUUAUUAUUCAGCGUCAAUCGUUUAUCUCAUUUAUGUCUGGUUGCGAAGACUUAAUAACAAAUCAGUAUCGCAUACGCGUUAAAGGUGGCGUGGUGUUUGUGCCUACAGUGUCGUGCAGUUAAAAUUCUCUAAAAGAAAGUCGUGCUAAACUAGACUGAAAGUGUAUACAAUGGAGUUUCAAUAUUACGGGAAUUUUGACCGUCCUCCGACGCGCAGGAUUCUUGACCAACCCUGGUGGGACGAGGAGGAUACUUUGUCCGACAGACGCAUUAACGGCAUGUCCCUAGACGAAGGCAGACAAUCACAGAGGCCAUACAGAUAUGGCAUGGUGUUGCUCUGCGCCGGCGCGCUAAUCAAUUGGCUCGGCCUGGCGGAGGACUACGCGGAGCCCGUGCGCUACGUGGGCGUGGCCUGCAUCGUUGCAGGAGCCCUGCUCAUAUGUGCCGCCAUGUGUUGCUGGCUGCAGUCGCCCGCGAGGCAGCCACAGACUGACCGCGCGUCACCUGACACACACCAGAUUGAUGAUCCCAUCCACGUAAUUUCGAUGCCAGAUGAAGAAACAAUGCAGCAGAAGCCUCCAGACUACGACACGGUGGCGGGAGCCCCGCCGACAUACGACGACGCUAUCAAGCUGAACCCCGCGCGCCUUCUGCCCGCGACGAGCAGCGCUCGACACGAGCUGCCGCCGACGCCACAUCUCACGGAUGUGGCCAUCAUCCCCGGCCAGCCCGACGACUCGGUGCCACCCACCAGCCCGAUGACCGCCAUCGCGCCCAUCCACAGGGCGCAGGUGCCCAAGACGCCGCCGCCACCAUACAACCCCACGCACGCCAUCAGAUGAAGGCCCGGCUGGACAACUUUGUUACUUUAAAUCGACUGCUGUUUCAUGUGAUGAGACUCGUAUAUAGCAAUUAGUCCACGUUGUUGACAUCGCAAUAACGUCACGGUAUUAUAUUUAUAUUGUACGUACAUAUCCUAACAUGAAACUAUUGUUUUAAUUUAGUGUAGGUGGUCGAGUAAGAGCGUUGCGUACUUAUGUGAUAAUAGGGAAGUUAUUAUUAGUUACUUAUUUCCUGCUCUGUACAUAAUUAUGAAAUUUUGUAAAAUAGUGUUUUGUUAAAAAUGUACCUAUAGUUAGGCAGAUAAGUUAAGAAUUCUUCCAAUAAUUAUUUUAUAAAUUGUGUUCCAAACAGAGCACCACUGUGGUUCCAAAUAAUGAUAAAGUAGGAUAAGUCAACGGUCGACAGCCGUAGAUCGGGUCGGCCGGUAGACAACAAACACCCGUACAUAUCUGUUUAUAUCAAUUAUAUGUGUGUAAUGCAGUAGUAGUGUCCUACGUGACCGUGCCAUUAAGUCAAAGUCCUCUGAAUUUGUCACCUCACUGGUGUGUGUGCACAUCAGUGUUUAUGCCAGCAGUUUUCUUAUUUAAUAGUUUGCUCACGAGCCUGUAGGAGUAAGACACACUGCUAUCACCUUGUAAAACGCAAAGGAAUGUACAUCAUCAGAUGUGAUCCUACCAUUGAACAUAUUGCCUGAACAAUGUUGUGUAAAAUUAAUUAGAAGAUUUGAUAAUUGAAACUCAUCGUUAGCUUGUCGUUGUGAUAAUGACCGUUAGUAUCAUCGUUUAUUUAGUUGCCUCUCGAGUUUAUAAUCUUAGUAGAGGUAUUAUAGUUUCCCGUUCCGAUUUGUCUAUUCUAGUCUUCAAAUUAAAUCAUAUUUACUUAAAUAUUCUGUUAGAUAAUCCAGUCAUGCAUAAUAAUUUGUAAUUUGUACAUAUUCUGAUUGCACAACUUAAAUAUUUCGAACAAAAUGACGCUCAUUUUAAGUGCUUUACAGAUUUAAAAAAAAAACAUGCAUUCAAAUCUACACACUGGGUAUAUUAUGCUAGUCAAUACACCCAAUUUACAUGCAAAACUUGUCAAAAUUAUAGUAAACCUACAACUACAACUACUGCUGACGAUUUGGCAUGUUAAUUGCAGUUGAUUUGAAGUUAAUAA